CUGAGUUUGGGGAUUAUGAUCCUGAUGAACACCCAGAGAAUUACAUCAGCGACUUUAAGAUUUUUCCCAAGCAGACACAAAAGCUCGAGAAGAAAAUAGCUGAAAUGCAUAAAAAUGAUUUCAGAGGUCAGAGCCCUGCUGUUGCUGAAUUUAACUUGCUCUUGAAAGCAUAUUCUUUGGAAACUUAUGGUGUUGAUCCUCAUCCUUGCAAGGACUCAAUGGGGACAACUACAUUUUUAGGAUUCACUGCUGCAGGAUUUGUAGUUUUCCAGGGGAAUAAAAGAAUUCAUUUGUUAAAAUGGUGUGAUGUUUAUAAACUGAAAUUUGAAGGGAAGACUUUUUAUGUGUUUGGAGCUCAGAAAGAGAAAAAGGCUGUGCUGUCAUUCCAUACCUCUACACCAGCAGCAUGCAAGCAUCUUUGGAAAUGUGGGGUGGAGAACCAGGCUUUUUACAAGUAUGCAAAAUCCAGUCAGAUCAAGACCAUGUCCAGCAGCAAGAUAUUUUUUAAAGGCAGUCGAUUUCGAUAUAGUGGAAAAGUAGCCAAAGAAGUUGUGGAGGCAAGCUCUAAAAUCCAGAGGGAACCUCCUGAAGUUCACAG